UCUUUGCAGUAACUUUUGCCAGGCGGGAGAAACUGUGAUAAAGUCCUCUAAGGGCGACCAUCUUCAGCGGAAACAAACACACUGCGACUGAAGACGACAGCGACGAAGAAGUUUACAGAGGAGGAAGAACGAGAAGACGGAGGCUGCUGGAAGCUUUUCUGGAUAGCUAACCUGGGUGACCUGGAUAGCUAACACACCUGUGGGAGCUUCACUGGAGAAUGUAGCUGCAGCCCUCCAGCCUAGCCACAGGAUAUACGCCACCAUGGGAGAAGCUCAAAAGGGCUUACUCUCUGUCAUUGAGAAACUGAAGGGAUCCACAGAGCAGGAGGUCAGGAUAGUGCUUCUGGGGCUGGACAACGCUGGCAAGACCACCCUGCUGAAGAGCCUCGCCUCUGAAGAUGUGAACACCAUCACACCGACGCAGGGCUUCAACAUAAAGAGUGUUGCCUCUCAUGGCAUGAAACUCAACGUCUGGGACAUUGGAGGACAGAGGAAGAUCAGGCCCUUCUGGAAAAAGUACCUGGAAAACACAGACCUGUUGAUUUAUGUUAUUGACAGCGCGGACAAGAAGCGGUUUGAGGAGACGGGGCUGGAGCUGUCCGAGCUGAUUGAUGAGGAGAAUCUAAAGGGCGUUCCAGUGCUCAUCUUUGCCAAUAAGCAGGAUCUGGCCACAGCGUCACCGGCCAGUGAGAUCGCCGAGGGACUCAACCUUCAUACGUACAGGGACCGUGAGUGGCAGAUUCAGGCCUGCUCAGCCGUGUCUGGAGAGGGAGUUCAGGAUGGCAUGAACUGGAUUUGCAACAACAUUGUGAAUAAGAAGAAGUGACAGAGCGACACAGACAACACUGACCAGAGUCAAACCGAGAACCAGCAUCACAUAAGGGAUUAAAAACAUGUCACUUCAUUUAAUGUCGACACACCUCACCUAUGACAGAUCCUGCCCCCUGACAGAUUCUAAUAAUAAUUUUGUUUUUACAAUUUUUGUCAUUUUUAUGAAUAUUUUGCAAAUGUAGCCACUGUAAAGACAGUUUUUAGCUACGAUAAGUGAAUUAGGCACUUAUUAAUCAUUGUUCUGUCCUAAGUAAUGUAUGUUGUUGUCCCCCUUAUCCCACGGGUCCUUGUCUGGUGAAUCUGUGUGCUUUCUGAAACAACGAGAAAACCAAGCUGAGUGUGUAGCCAUGUAGAAGUGUUGGGGUUUGUCAGUUACAUAGGCACCAGUUCAGUGUGAGUGUAAAGUGUG